AAAAAAAAAAACACAGAGCCUCUCUCUCUCUCUCUCUCUCCGGGUGUGUUCAUUGGAGAAUCUGGAGGAGGAGAAGAAGAAUCUGAAUGCUCAAGGAGGAGGAGAUUGAACGGUACUCACAUGCCCUCUCAAUCCAUCUCGUCGCGCUUGUCUUGUUACGGGACUGAACCAUAUUUUCACAUCCUGGUUUCAUGAAAUGUAUCUUGAGUUGGAUCCACAAAGAUUUUGAAACCCUCGAGUGAUUAAGAUCUGCUUGAUUCUAGGUCAGUUUGGAGAGUGAGAACUGCGAAGUUCGCUCGAAGCAAGACGAUUUUGCGGCCUUCUUGUCAUAGAUGGGUAUCCUCGAAGAAAUGGGCUUUUGCAGUAACAUCGACUUCUUAUCAGUUCAUCCCCAGGAGGCUGAUACCGAACAGGAAAACGAGGCUGUUAUGGAGGAAGACUACAGCGAUGAGGAGGUGGAUGUUGAUGAGCUAGAGAGGAGGAUGUGGAGAGACAGGAUGCUCUUGAGGCAUCUCAAGGAGCAGAGCAAGAACAAAGAAGCUCCGGACAGUGCAAAGCAGCGCCAGUCGCAGGAGCAGGCGCGGAGGAAGAAGAUGUCGAGGGCUCAAGAUGGUAUUCUCAAGUACAUGCUGAAGAUGAUGGAAGUCUGUAAAGCUCAGGGCUUUGUGUACGGGAUCAUUCCUGAGAAGGGCAAGCCGGUGAGCGGUGCCUCGGACAAUCUCCGAGCAUGGUGGAAGGAAAAAGUGAGGUUCGACCGGAAUGGACCCGCAGCGAUCGCCAAAUACCGGGUGGACCACUCAAUCCCCGGGAACGGCGAGGACACGGCCACCAUUGGACCCACUCCUCACACCUUGCAAGAACUGCAGGACACCACUCUCGGGUCGCUCUUAUCUGCUCUGAUGCAGCACUGCGAUCCACCGCAGCGGCGAUUCCCGCUGGAGAAGGGUGUGGCUCCUCCGUGGUGGCCCACAGGAAACGAGGAGUGGUGGCCCCAGCUGGGCCUACCCAAGGACCAGGGACCUCCACCCUAUAAAAAACCUCACGAUCUUAAGAAGGCUUGGAAGGUGAGCGUCCUCACGGCUGUUAUCAAGCACAUGUCGCCAGACAUCUCCAAGAUCAGGAAGCUCGUUCGUCAGAGUAAAUGUCUACAGGAUAAGAUGACCGCAAAGGAGAGUGCCACGUGGCUCGCAAUAAUCAAUCAGGAAGAAGCUCUGUCCAGGAAAUUGUACCCCAAUAGCUGCCCGCCUGUGUGUCCAGAUAGUGGGUUUGGGUCCUACGUCAUCAACGAUGCUAGUGAUUAUGAUGUGGAAGGAGUUGAUGAUGAACCGAAGCUUGAGGUGGGCGAAUGCAAGCCUUUUAAUCCAAGUGCUUUUGGUAUCGGGCCACGGGUGUCUACAGACGAGCUUUUGGUCCAUCCACUGGUUUCUCAAAUCAAAGGAGAAGUCAAUGAAACCAAAACCAAUUUGCGGUUAAUUUCAAAGAGGAAUCAACCAUCUGAUGAGCUGAAGGCGAAGAUGGAUCAGCAGAUAUACACAUGCGAGUUUUCUCAAUGCCCUUACAGCGAUCACCGCCUCGGUUUUCUUGAUAGGACGUCGAGAAAUAAUCACCAGCUGAAUUGCCCUUAUCGUAGUAAGCCUAUUCCUUCCCAGGCCAUUGGAAUUUCAAACUUCCAAGCGAGCAAUGGUCAGCAAGCAGCCUUCCUUCAUUCCUUUGCUCAACCUAAUCCUGCUCCAUCUCCAGGGACUCAUGCCCCGUCUUUUAAUAUAUGUGGACUUGGACUUCCUGAAGAUGGACAAACGAUUAUAUCCAAUCUCAUGUCGUUCUAUGAUACAAACCUUCAACAAAACAGUAAAAUUGCGGGGAAACUUGGUGCACCUGAAAAUGAGCAACAGUUGCUGAAUGUUCAUAAUAGCAUGGGUGAUAGCUUCUUCACUCAUGGAGCUUCCAUGGAAGGCAAAACGCAUGAAGACACAAACCUACCCUUGAACCAAUCGGUCUUUCCAUCGAUGGGCAGUCAACAUGAUCAAUGCAAGGGGUUCGAUUCUCCGUUCGAAUUUUGCCUCACUGACGGGAUGCUCGACUCUCGGUUUGGUUCUCCUUUUAGUGUGACAGCGGCUGGCUGCAACACAAUGGAUUUGCUUCCAAAGCAAGACAUCUCUGUUUGGUACCUUUGAAGCCACUGCCCAUGUCUUUGCUUCAUGAUUUUCUGUGAACUGGGCGCAUUGGAAAAGAAGAAAAGUACCAAUCUGUUGUUUAGUUUACUUUUGCUGCAAGUUGGUUGAAGAUUUUGGGUUUUGAACUUAGCUUGGAUUUGCUUGUCAGAGUAGGGUCUCUCUCCUGCAGCAUUCUCUAUAGGAUGGUUAGCAACUUACAAUUGCAUUUGCAGUAACUGGCAGAGGAUUUGGUAACAAGAUGGGGAAGAACAAAAACCAUACUCCAUAGUGUCCUAAAGUUUCAUGCUUUUUGUACUUUAUUUUCUUGUUGGAACUGCUAAUACUGGCUUGUAAAAAAAUUUCUGAUUUGGAAUAUAUAUACAUAAAUAGAUUCUAGCCC